AUUUCUUGGUGCUGAGGGCCACAGGGUAGGCGCUGUAACUGCCCACUUGGAAGCCAGCCCCAGAGGCAAAGCAGGAUGGAGCCUGGGGUGCAGGAUCCAGGAUUGAGCUCCUCUGAGGAUGACAGCCCCUCUCUAGCGAUCAGAAGCCCCACCUUGAGAAAGCCCCUGAAACACAGCACCCCUGAGGAGGCAGCCCUGGGCUGGAGCCCAAGGCCAUCGGGAGGUGCCUCCUACCUCAGUGGGUCCCCAAUGCCUGCACACUUCUCUCAGGACCUUGCAUCCCACCCAGCAGGGGUCAGCCCUCCAGCCACUGUCAGGAAAAGGAGGCUUUCUACUAUCUGGGCCUCCAAGGAGUCCAGCUUGGAUCUCUCAGCUCCUGGGGAAGAGCUGCCCACAUCAGCCUCGUUAGCCCAGCAGCAGCAGCAGCAGCAGCAGCAGCAGCAAGAGUCCCUCCGGGCAAAGAGCUGGCCACAAAACCCUGGAUUGCCUGGGAUCCUGAACACAACUCGGAGGAAGAGACGAGACCCGAAGAGGCGGGCAGCUGCGAUGGAGCGAGUGCGACAGUGGGAGAUCUACGUGCUUCAGAACAUCGAGGAAGCCACCCAGCACGAGCUCACCAUCGAUGACUGAGUGCUUGGUGCCAGGACAGGAAGGUAGGGUGCUCUAGAGCUGCCUGCCUCGGGCUGGCUUAAUUGUCCACAUGGUGCCCUCCUUGGGCUGGCCCCCAAUGCUGUUGGCCUUCUCCGUGGGGUGGGAAGAACGGGUUUGAGAAGAUCCUGUUGCUUAGACUGUAAAUGUGUUUCUGGGAGGCAAUGACAUUGAUGAGGGUCAGCAGAGGUGGCAGGUUAAAGAAGACAAGGCUCUGCAUGGUGUGUAACUUGAGCCCUGGGUUCUCUACUGCCCAGCUCUGGCCUUGGGGACAGCUCUCUGCUUGUCUGAGCCUCAGCUUCCUUACCUGAAACAUGAGGAAACCGCAUCCCAGACUGAUGAAAUGAGCGUGGAGCUGGUGUCUAGGCGAGGGUGGCCGUAGCCAGUCAGCCCUCUCAGGAAAGAGUUGGGCCAAUGCCCCAUGAGCAUAUUCUGAGACAGCAGGAUUGAAGGCCUGAGGCAGGAACUGGAAAGAAAAUCUCUGCACUGGAUGGUGGGUUUCCAACCCUAUGGUUAUGGUGGUCUCAUUGGAGCACCAAUGGUGAGGGACAUAUGUUCCCUUCCUUUAUGUGGAGAGGGACUAGGUUUUGAGAGGAGGGGAGUGCCCAUAGUCCCACCCCUAGAGGGUACCUACCUCCUUCCUCAAUAAGCUGUAGGAGAAACCAGACUGUGGGAUCCCAGGAUGUUUGCAGAUAAAGACAAAGAAGCUUAGGGGAACUCAGAGGCCAGUCCACCCACACUGCAUGGCUGGGAAGGCUCCAGGAGUCACCACACCUGGUAUCAGGGGCAGGGUAGGUAUCCUAGUGAGCCUGAAAUGCCACUCUAGGAAAGCCCCAAAACUGCGAUUCUCACCUGGAAGGCAUUCUGGAAAUCUGAGAAUGCUGGCUGUGUUUGUUGAGUGUGUAGGGCUAGAGGAACUUAACCUUCAACAGUUGCAUGGGCCAACCCCCUACACUCUCCCUCUCCAAUGCUGUGCUCCCUGCUUAACAUCAGGGUCCCACCCAAGUGAUCAAUAAUAUGAAGGUAAUACAUAUUGUAAGGAAGAAGAAAGAGAUGUCCAGGUAGCUUCAGUUUAACCCAAAGCCAACAUCAAUUCUCCCAAGUACAGGCAUCUCAGCAAGACCUGUUUGUGUGGACAUGUUAUGGUUACUAAAUACAGACCUAGAGUUUAUUCAUAUAAAUGUUUGCAUCCUCCACUCUAAAAAGCUUGCUUUUUUUCUUCCUAAAAAGAAUGCAUACAUUUCCAGCCUAGUCCUACAUUGCCUCCCUUCACGUGUGUGGACAGGUGGACUGGCAGCUAGAGUCGAAGUGAGAAGGGCAACCCCUAGAUGAAAUCUCAGACUGGCUUAAAAGAUAGGACAUAAUAGAUUCUAAGGGCAUGUGAGGUCUAGAAUGUUCAGUUUUAAGAGACAGGUGAAAAGUUUAGAUCUGCAGGGUGGGUGGAAAAUAUUCCUGAUCAAUAAUUGGGUUCUUUCUGGAAACACCCACAUUUCUUUGGAGGUUUCCAACAGACAGAGAAUGAGAUUCUUCACAGGAGAGAUUAGAUACAGCGGCUGCAGUUGGACAGUAACUUCAUAUUUCAUUGGAUGUUCUUUAUGAGUGAUAAAAAUUUUACUGUGUAGUGUGUUUAAACUAUAAGUUUUAUGAACUAGUUCCUCCUGUAUAAGCUAUUUAAAAAGUUUACUUUUUUCUUUUUUUAUAACAUAGAUUAUUGGGUUACAAAAUUAUCAGAUUUAUAAAAUGUUUACAAAUUAAAGAGUACAAAGAAGCAGAAGAAAACUGCCUAUCUUGCACACCAUAGAGAUAAAUACAUCAGAGUAAUUCUUUCCAGUCUUUACUAUUAAAAAUAAACUGUUUUAAUGAGAACUAUUCCCAUGGUCUGUGUUUGAUGCAAAGUGAUUCAGGCAUGUAGUCAUGUGAAUUCUCUCUUGUUUUUCAAAGAAUGAAAUUCAAAAUGAGUCCCUAGAGGAAGAAAAACAAUGUGAGUGAUUCUGGGCAAGUGUGUCCUUGAAAGAUUGAGAAUUACCAGCACUCAGAAGAAUGUUUUCACAUAUAAGAUGAUUUCCUAGAUAUUCAUGUUGCAUCUUCUACGUAUUAGCAAAAUGUACUUACUAUGUUUUUACAUAUUUGGAGUAUAUGCAGUUAUCCAUAGGCACUCUAGUUAAAGUGUUCAAAAUGCAGACUCUUGGAUAUUUCACAAAUAAGAUGGUGCACAUCACAUGUUCCAUCCAUGGGAAGAUACCUACAGGAAGCAGCUAAAGACAGAACAAGUCUUGCUGCCGGAGCGCCUAGACAUGCCUAUGGAACCGAGUCUCUGUUUGGCUGCUACAAAGCUUUCCAAAUUCUUGGGGACAGGAGAUGAUGAGAAACUUGGAAAGGGAGACAGGGCAUUCUCAUGUGGGACACGGAGAAAUGAGUGCUGCCCACUUAUGUAAGACAUAGGGCAAGAUUUCUAAAUGAUCAUCUUUGAGGAAAAUAAUAAACAGCUAAACAAUAGCCCUGGCAAUCACACCAACGAUGCUCACUUAGAGGUAAGCAUAAUGUAACUUGUGGCAAUUAUUUGGGAUAAAAUAGAUCUUAACUCUCACUGUGUAUGUGAACCCAUAUAUUUUGCAGAAAAUGCAGUUUUGAAACCUGUCAGGCCUCUGAGCCCAAGCUAAGCCAUCAUGUCCCCUGUGACAUGCACAUAUACAUCAGAUGGCCUGAAGCAACUGAAGAUCCACAAAAGAAGUGAAAAUAGCCUUAACUGAUGACAUUCUACCAUUGUGAUGUUUCUGCCCCACCCUAACUGAUCAAUGUAUUUUGUAAUCUCCCCUACCCUUAAGAAGGUUCUUUGUAAUCUCCCCCACCCUUAAGAAGGUUCCUUGUAAUUCUCCCCACCCUUGAGAAUGUACUUUGUGAGAUCCACAAAACAUUGCUCCUAACUCCACUGCCUAUCCCAAAACCUGUAAGAACUAAUGAUAAUCCCACCACCCUUUGCUCACUCCCUUUUCGAACUCAGCCCGCCUGCACCCGGGUGAAAUAAACAGCCUUGUUGCUCACAC